AGGAGCCGAGCCACCGCCUCGGGACGGGCGGGCGUGCAUGCGCGCGCACGUACACGCGCACGGGCGAGGCCUCGCUCCCGGUGCGGCCAGCUGGCGCGUUCCGGUGGAGCCUUGGGCGGCAGCGGUUGACACUUCCCCCCCGCCCCUCCCCUCCCCUCCUCCCGGGAUGUAAAUGGCGUCCGAUACCAGUGACGCCGAGGAGUUCUACGAUGCGGCAGAGGAGGUCAACCCCAUCCCGUCGCCGGCCGCGUCACCAAAAAAGAUCAUUAUCUCAACAAAGGAUAAAAUAAACAAUGAAGCACAAAAACAUGAAGAUUUUUCAUUUGAACAGGAUCAUAAAGACGUGGUUCUUGACCAACCAGAGGGAGAAGACCAACAGAAGGACAGGCUAAAAGCUGAAACCUCAGAAACUGUUAAAGAGGAGAACAGUUUAAAAUCUGAUGGGGUUGCACUUACUGUUUUAGCUGAAGCUGAUCUGCUCAGCAACAUUUCCGGGCUUUUGCAUAUUGAUCAGCCAUUAUGUGCAAAGCCAAAGAAUUUGACAGAGCAAAGCAGCUCUGAUGUAAAGACUGAGCAGACAGAAGUUCUGCCAUCUUUAGAAACAUUCUCAGUGGUGUCAUGUAAUGAUGGGGAUGCAGCAUCAACAAAUGUUAAUACGGUGUGUCUGGAUAAAUCCAGUGGGGACUGCAAUUCACCUUCUCAACAGCCAUCAGAGGAGGUCAAAGGAGACAAAGCAGACAUUUUGGAACAUGUUUCUGGAGAUCGCUUUGCUUUGGAAGAUGCGUUUAUGGCUGAACAGUUACAACGUCCAAAACCACUAAGGCAGAUAACUGUGGAACCUGACAUAGUAGCUAGCACCAAGAAACCUACACCAAUACGACCUCCACCACCAGGAUCAAGUAUUCCUCCACCACGACCACCACCACCUGUGCGACCUGCUCCCCCUCCUCGAAAGAAGAAAAGUGAAUCUCCCUUAGAUGUGCACAGUCCUUUAGGCCUAGAAGGUCCUACAGAUCCUGAGGCAUCUAUCGGACUUGUAAGUCCCAAUACAGCUGUAGAGAAUCUAACCAAAGAACUGCAACAUUCUUUAGAUCUUGCAAGUGCAACUAGUGGGGACAAAGUUGUUACUGCACAAGAAAAUGGAAAAGGGACUGGAGAGUUGACAUCGGGUGUUCCUGAAACUGAAGAGAUGGGACCUCAAAGACCAAGGUCAAACUCGGGGCGAGAACUUACAGAUGAGGAAAUUCUAGCAAGUGUGAUGGUGAAAAAUCUGGAUACAGGGGAAGAGAUCCCUCUCAAUAUGGCUGAGGAGAAACUUCCUAAAGGUCUUAACCCAUUGACAUUACAUAUUAUGCGUCGGACAAAGGAGUAUGUAAGCAAUGAUGCUGCACAGUCAGAUGAUGAAGAGAAGAUCCAACCUGCUCAGACUGAGCAAGAUGGCCAUAAAAUCAAACAGAAAACUAAUCAAUUUAAGAAGUUUUUGGGAAAAUCAGUGAAGAGAGCAAAGCAUCUUGCUGAAGAGUAUGGUGAAAAAGCUGUAAAUAAAGUUAAGAGUGUCCGAGAUGAAGUGUUUCAUAUUGACCAAGAUGAUGCUUCUUCGAGUGAUGAUGAGGGUAUGCCUUACACAAGACCUGUCAAGUUUAAAGCAGCGCACAGUUUCAAAGGGCCUUUUGACUUUGAUCAGAUUAAAAUGGUCCAAGAUCUAAGUGGAGAACACAUGGGAGCUGUGUGGACAAUGAAGUUUUCACACUGUGGUCGAUUACUUGCAACAGCUGGUCAAGACAAAGUUGUGCGGAUAUGGGUUUUAAAGAAUGCUUGGGACUACUUCAACAAUAUGAGAAUAAAAUACAACACUGAAGGUCGUGUGUCACCAUCACCCUCACAAGAAAGCUUGAGUUCUUCAAAAUCUGACACUGACACGGCAUACAGUGGAACUGAGGAUUCUGAUCCUGAAGACAAAAAUGCACCUUUUAGGCAACACCCAUUUUGUAAAUACAAGGGACAUACUGCAGAUCUUUUGGAUCUCUCCUGGUCAAAGAACUACUUUCUGCUGUCAUCUUCCAUGGACAAAACAGUCCGUUUGUGGCAUAUAUCAAGGAGGGAAUGCUUGUGCUGCUUUCAGCACAUAGAUUUUGUCACUGCUAUAGCUUUUCACCCAAGAGAUGAUAGGUACUUCUUAAGUGGAUCCCUUGAUGGGAAGCUCCGUUUGUGGAACAUUCCUGAUAAGAAGGUGGCACUGUGGAAUGAAAUUGAUGGGCAGACAAAACUAAUAACAGCAGCAAAUUUUUGCCAAAAUGGCAAAUAUGCUGUGAUUGGCACUUAUGAUGGCAGAUGCAUCUUCUAUGACACAGAGCAUUUGAAAUACCACACCCAGAUACAUGUCCGCUCCACAAGAGGAAGAAACAGAGUUGGGAGAAAAAUUACAGGCAUUGAACCAUUACCUGGUGAAAAUAAGAUCCUAGUGACCUCCAAUGAUUCAAGAAUUCGCCUAUAUGAUCUUAGAGAUUUGUCCAUUUCUAUGAAAUAUAAAGGCUAUAUGAACAGCAGUAGCCAAAUCAAAGCAAGUUUCAGUCAUGAUUACACAUAUAUAAUAAGUGGAUCUGAAGACAAGUACUUUUAUAUUUGGAGCACUUACCAUGAUGUCAGUAAGUUUACUUCAGUACGAAGAGAUCGCAAUGACUUCUGGGAAGGAAUUAAAGCCCAUAAUGCAGUUGUGACUUCAGCAAUCUUUGCACCAAAUCCAAGUCUGAUGCUGUCUGAUGUUCCUCAGGCAGAGAAAGCAGAAAGUGAUGCCUUGGGUAUUAAUACAGAUAACAUACCUUCUGGUGCAUUGAAAGCAGACAUCACUGAAGUACUCUUAUCUGCGGAUUUCACUGGUGCAAUCAAAAUUUUCAUGAAUAAGAAGAAGAACUAAUUGCUUUUGGCUUUGUAUUGAAACUGAAUUCUGACCUGGAAUACUAUUCAAUUUCAAACUGUUGGCUUUUUAAUUAGGUGAGAGCAGAAAUAGAAGCAUUGCAGUCACCAACUCAUAAGUUGUUUUAAACCUCUUUAGUUUAGCAUGGAGUUGGUUUGGUUGAGGAGAUCUGCAGUGGUAACUUGUGUGGUUAUUGAGUAGGAAUCUGCAGAAAUACUUGUAAAUAUUUUCAUGGGACUUAGUAGGAAGACCAAGUUCCUCUUUGUCCAAGUACAGUAGUGUUUGUGUUUAGGAUUUGUAUAUCCGUGCAAGGUCUGGUCUGGGAAUCAGUUCUUAAGUCUUCUGCUUCAAAGGGUAGAAAUGUAUUCCUUAGAUCAUAGUGUGCCUUGUAAGGAAGCUGGUUAAAAAUAGCUCUGGUGGAAUUGUGCAAGUGUAUUGAGAACAAAUUACUUAUACUAAUAAUGAAUGCUGUCUAAUGAAGUUCAGUUUAGUUUGUGGCUGAACUAGUUCAACAGAAAGUAUUAAGUGUGUUCUGUUCACUAGAAUUAGGUGUUCUAUUUUAAAACUGAUGCCAAGUCAAGCUAAUCACUGUGGACAAUGCAACCAGUGAAUUGAAGUUGCAUCCACAGGAGCAGAGGUGGAAGCACAUUGUUGUAAAGCUGCAUUCUUUUCAAAAUGCAAAGACACUGAAGACCCAGUCUCAUGCUUCCUUUAUGUUCAAUUCUCGUACUUUUUUUACCCUUUUGCACCGCCUUUGGAUGUCACAUUUCCUUUUUGUUUUUGACAGAUUUUAUUUUAUUGGAACUGGGCAGAUUGAAUCUUUGGCCAACCUUUUACUAUGUUGUGUUAUAUUAAGACGGAUUAUGUUCAGUGUGUACAAAAGAAUGUCUUGAAAUUGAAUUUGUGGUGGAGAAAAUGUAUUAUUGCUACACAUUUGAAGAGGAAAGCCAGUGUAAAUACCAAUGAAAUAACAUUUCUGGAUUUGUGCUGCUGGAAAAUGUUAUUGAUGGUGUCGAGGUUUAAAGCAAGUAAAAUGUAUAAAUAAAGGAUGCUCCAACAAA